AUGCAUUUUGACGUCCAGGCGAUCGACGUGAGCCAGUUGGAAGGUUGGCAGGACUCGAAGAAGAACGACGGUCCCGAGCAGUUUGUGUGCGACUUCGCCGGUUGUAGCAAGACAUUCACCGGCAAGGGAUACCUCAGGCGCCAUUUAAGCUCGCACUCGGAGCAGAACGCACCACCAGCAAGUUACGAGGGUUGGAGGCAGCACCACGAGUACGUGCACAUCUACGGACUACCGGACGGACGAGUCUGGAGUUGCGAGGCCGGGCGCUUCUUGAAGGGUACGAAGCUUAAUGGCUACAUCGUGCUGAGGAUCGACGGGAAGCGUAUCCAACGCCACCGCCUCAACUUCGAGAUCGCGUAUGGGCGCGCGAUUCUUCCCGGGAUGGAUGUCGACCACAUCGUCCCAUCACCUAUACCAGAGGAUGGAUCGGAACAGUCGCCUCAAGACGACUCCUGGUGUAAUUUACAGGAGCUAAGUAGGCUAGAACACAACCGCAAGACCUUGAAGGACAAUCCCGGGGCCGGAAAGAAGAGAAGUGUCACGAGGGGCUUCCCAGUGAUUGCGCGUCACGUCGCGAGCGGCAGAGAGGUGCGGUACGUUUCGGUUAGUGCUGCUGCAUCAACUCUGGGGCUCGUCCGGGAACCGGUGUCGAGGCGUAUCCAGCGAGGUUCGAGCGUGGAGUACGGUGGGCACGUGUUCCGUAGGUGUCCCGAGCAUGUUGCCGAGCAAGAGGACAUGCCUGGCGAAGAAUGGAAGGAUGCGAAGUUGCAUGGGAGGCUGCUGAGAGGCACUAAGGUCAGCAACCUAGGCCGCGUUCAGCUCUGUGACGGGAGGCGCACGGAGGGCAGAAUUGAGCACGGGCGGCAUAGGGUCGGGCUUCAAGUGGACGGGCACCGGAAGGAUGUUUUCGUCUACGUCCUCAUCGCCCACACGUUCAUCGGACCACCACCGAGCGACAAGCACACGGUCGACCACAUCGACGGCAACUGUUGUCACAACGUGAUCGGGAACCUGCACUGGGCGACCGUCGAGGAGCAGACUCGGAACACAAAGCGCAAUAGGGCCGUCCGCAAGCACAAUCUCCAGGGGACGCUUCUGCAGACAUAUGGCACAGUUGCAGAGGCAGCAGAGAAGAACGACGUGUCGUAUGGGAGGGUUCACUAUGCUGCAACCACAGGCAGCACGGACACCGGUUUCCGCUGGGAGUUUGUGAAGCGUGUUACAUAA